AUGGUCGAUCAUAAGCCUAGUAAUAGCAAAGAACGCCCAUUCAAAUGCGACAUCUGUCUCAAGACUUACAAACGAAAAAGUCAUCUGAAAAGUCACAUGAUUAUUCACAGCGGUGAACGCCCCCAUGAAUGCACUACAUGUAAUAAGAAAUUCAAAGUAUUAAGUACUCUCAAAAGUCACAUGCUCAUUCACAGUCUUGAUCGCGCCUAUCAAUGCAAUAUAUGCAAAAAGAAAUUCGCACAAUUAAAUGGUCUAAAAAAUCACAUGCUCAUUCACAGUGGUGAGCGCCCCCAUCAAUGCAAUAUAUGCAAUAAGACAUUUGCACAAUUAAGUACUUUGAAAAAUCACAAUCUAAUUCACAGUGGUGAGCGCCCCUAUAAAUGCAAUAUAUGCAAUAAGACAUUCACGCAAUUAAGUACUCUGAAAAAACACAACCUAAUUCACAGUGAUGAGCGUCCUUAUAAAUGCAUUAUAUGCAAUAAGUCAUUCACACAAGUAAGUACUCUGAAAAGUCACAACCUAAUUCACAGUGGUGAGCGCCCCCAUCAAUGCAAGAUAUGCAAUAAGGCAUUCACAGAAUUAAGUACUCUGAAAAAACACAACCUAAUUCACAGUGGUGAGCGUCCUUUUAAAUGCAUUAUAUGCAAUAAGUCAUUCACACGAGUAAGUACUCUGAAAAUCACAACCUAA